GUUGGCAGAUGGAUGCCAGGGACAAGCUGCUGCUGCGCUCCCUGCGCCUGGAGCUCUGCACAGAGGUGCUCGUCGAUGGACUCGUCGUUCAGUAUCUCUACCAAGAAGGGAUCCUCACGGACAGUCACGUUCAAGAAAUAAAAUCCCAAACCACCAGCCAAAGGAAAACCAUGAUGCUCCUUGAUAUUCUUCCUACCAGAGGACCUAAGGCGUUUGACGUAUUCUUGGAUUCCUUGCAGGAGUUCCCAUGGGUUAAAGACAAGCUGAAGGCCAAGCGGAAGGAAAUGAUAGUAGAGGAUCCUACAGAGGUGACCGCAAUCGCGCCAUCCAUUCUGAAGAGCUCUCCCACAGACCAGCAGAUGAGCAAGCUCGCGAGGAGCCUGGGGCCUGAGUGGGAGCAGGUUGCCCUGUGCCUGGGUCUCUCGCACUCUGACGUCUACCGCUGCAAGGCCAACCACCCGCACAACGUGCAGUCGCAGAUCGUGGCGGCGCUGGUGCUGUGGAGGCAGCGCUUUGGGAACGGAGCUACCAUGCAAAGGCUGCAGGCCGGCCUGAGCGCMGCAGAGGUGGAGCCCGGAGCCAUGCAGCGCAUGCUCGAGUGAGGCUGCGCCGCUGGCGGCACCAGUCGAGCGCUUGGCUAAACCCAGGCCAGCGCCAGGAGCUGUGGGUAGAAGCUCUGGUGCCGCAAGCUGGGGAAAAUGGGCUUGGGAGCUGUGGUUUUAUUAAUCUUAGACAUUCUGGUUGUCCGUGGCAUCUUCUGGCUUUCCAUACCAGAUGAAUUUUUAGCGAACAUUAAAAAAAGGAUCGCUCUUGCCUCUUUACUUCUGUGCUAUUUCAGUGGGAAGAUAUGGUGAAACUAAAAGUCUCUGCGAGCAGGAAGUCCUGUAGCGAGUUCAGCAACCAGUGAGUUCAGUUUCAUGUUUCAUUAUGGGAGCGACUCUUGGUUUAACCUAUUUUCUGGACUGUGUAGGAGCCUUUUUUUAUUGCUGUUCACUCCUAGCCCCUGAUAUCCCAGUAAGAAAUUAGAAUAAUCAGGGUUACUGAUUUAACAGUUUUACCACUGUUAUUGCAGGUGGCUAAUUUCACUUUUAUAAAGGUUUUAGCACACACAGGUUCUUGCUAGGACAGGUGGCCACCACCUUAGCUGGCCUCAGAAACUGGCCCUGAGUGGAAGUACUUGGAACUUCAUGCUGCCGAGGGGUUUCCCAGUGCUAUUUUAUUGGUGCAGGUUGGUGCAAGGGGAUGGGCACAAUGUGUAUGUGCCGCCUCUAGGCAUAGAACUGGUUGGGAAUUCCCUGGGCACAUCAUACACCAUGCACAGGUGACCAGAGGUUAUGCAGGAGCUGGCAAACAGAGCAAAAAGAUACUUGAAAAGUGAGACACUUGUUUGUCUCACUGUGCAAGUCUGUGCCCAAGUUCACAGAGCCUCUCUGCCCAAGAUGACAGAGCAGCCCUCGCUGCUCUCCUUCCAAAUUGUGCCAGACCCUCUGCUCAUUUGCUUCCCACCUGUUUUUCUGCAUCUGACUGGGGCUUCAUGAUUCCUGUCCUUGUUUCUUUGACAGCAGUCACCAUGUCACUGUUAACAGUUAGAUUUUACCCAGAAGAAUCGUAAAUCUUGGGCUUUUCUCCUCCUYCCCUCCAGCCAAAGAGUUUUUCUUCCUUCUGGAAGAAACCACAGAGCUUUUUGCUCAGCAGCAGAAAGGGAUAUCAGUCCUCAAGGAAGGUGUCCGAGGGCAGCAGAAGUGGCCAGCUGCUUCCUGGGACCUGGGGAUGAGAGGCAGAGUACAGUUCAGUGCUUUCUGCACAGUUUGCUCCCCAGUAGAUGAGGAGCAAAGCUUGGAUGCUGGGUUUCCAGGUCGAGUUCCAAUGGAGCAUUUUAGCUGCAGUCAUUGCCAAUUAACUUCCUGUCCUCCCGGAUCUGCCCCAUCUAAUUUAACAGCUUCACAGCUUUGUCCGAUGUCUUUAUGGAGGCAAGAAUGAGCUUUGCAGUUUCUUUUUAAAUCUUUCCUCUAUGCAGAUAUUCAGAAACAUCUGGGAAAUUAGGAAAGACAAAAGAAUUUUAAGGACACCCCAUGUGCCUUGCUUUUCAUGGUAACAGAGAAUAUAUCUGGGCAGGAUCAGCACUUAUAGGCCCUGAAGCAAUUUGGUAGUAUCUUAUUUUUAGUCUUAUAUAAUACAGCUCUGACCUUCAGUAAAUCAUGAUCCUGUUAUACCUCACUCAAAUCUUAAUUGAUU